ACACACACACGCAAACGCACACGCACACACACACACACACACACACCUUCAAGCCAACCGAGCUCGCGCAGUGGCUUUGUAACGAGCCGUCGCAGUCCAAUGCGAUGAUCUUCGUCGUAUGCAUCCGGGCUGUCAGGCUUAUCUGGUUACAAAAUGAGUCAAAAGCUAGUUUGGGUGGUUGAAAGCGACCUGGUUUAAAUGUCAGUGGCGCUUUCAGUUCAUGCCACAUUCCUGGAUUCUUAACCAGAACGAGCUUUGGGUCGGGAGUUUCGACGGGCUCCUUUUGUCGAGGCAGGGCUCGGAAGAACGGAGGAAUUUUUUGGAUACCAAAAAGCUUCUGGUGGAAAACUGCCGGAAACGCUCAAGUCCAAGUCACCCGGGAUCCGUGCUGUUCGCACGAUGGAUGUGAUUUCACCGUGCGCGGAGGAAAUGACACGACCCGUCGCCCUGGAUUAACACGGACCCCGUUUCACCCAUUGCCGGGAUUUGUUAUCCACAAAUGAACGUGGCGUUUCGGGGCAAGCUCCUUUUUGGCAGGGCGCUGACACCAUGAGGGCUUGGGAAUACUGACCACAAUAUAAUCGGGGGUUAAUAUCGGGAAGAUUUCUGCCUACAUGCUCGCAGCUUGCAGUGCAGAAUGGCAUCGACCGAGAGACUGUAUGAGGUUUGGAUGCUGUACUGCAAUAAGAAGGACCCAGACUACCUGAAACUUUGGUUGGAGAUCUUCAUCGGCUCCUACGAGAGAUGUCUGGAUGUGGACUUCGAGAAACCACCAACCAGGUUGGAGGAGACGCCGCCCGUCAUGACGCUGUUACCCGAUAACAUCCUGCAGGUGUUACGUCUGCAGCUGCUGCAGUGCGUGCAGAAAGCGUCCGAGGGACUGGAGCCCGAGCAGCAGACGCUGGCCCUCCUGCUCCUCAAGUUCCUUAUCGUCAUCUGCAGGAACCUGUCAAAUGUGGAAGAGAUCGGCGCCUGUUCCUACAUAAACCACAUCAUCACCAUGACAACACUUUACAUCCAACAGCUGAAGAGUAAGACGAAAGAGAAGGAGCUUGCUGAUCAGACACAAGCCGAGGAGUUCGUCCGUCACGCUUUGGCCUUCUGUGAGAGUCUGUAUGACCCCUAUCACAACUGGAGGCAUCGCAUUCACGGACAGCAGCUCAGCACUGUGGAGAGAAGCAGACAGAAGUUUAAAGCUGCUCCGCUCACUGUAGAGUUUGUGCCCUUCUUCUACCAAUGUUUUCAGGAGAGUGAGCACCUGAAGGACAGUCUUAAAUGUUGCCUUUUGCACCUGUUUGGAGCCAUUGUUGCAGGCGGACAGCGUAACGCCCUGCUGGCCAUCUCUCCGGCCACAAUGGAGGUGCUGCUGGGAGUGUUGAGCGCCGGCGAGUGUCUGAGCGGAGGUGGAGAUGGAGAGGACUGGGACAGCGAGGCUCCCGACAGGAAGGCCUUGUUGACUCUGGGCUGUUUGAGGGAGGUGGUGCACCGGCUCCUGGCCAGCAGCUCCGAUCAGAGACAGGUGGAGAUCAGCUCCGUCCUGGAGAGCUACUUCAAACUGCUCAACUCGGACCCCGCCGCCACAGCGCAGGUCAAAGGUCGCCCGUCGCCGCCCCGCUCUCGGCACUGGGAGAGCCGUUUUGUGGCGUUACAGGUGAACAUGCUCGAAACCAUUCAGGACAUGUUUGAGUGCAGCGACCGCCCCGUUCUGCAGGCCAUCUUCCUCAACAGUAACUGCUUUGAGCAUCUGACCCGACUCCUGCAGAACAGUAAGCUGGUUAACGCUAGGUGCACAGCCGCAGACAAGGACCAGAAAGAUUUAACCAACAGGUUACUGACAGGAGAGAGUGAGAUUCAGGUGUUCCAAGGGAGGCUUGACUCUCUUGCCGUGGCAACGAUCAAAACUCUCACGACAGUCAUGCACAAGUCGCCUGCUGCAAAGGAAGUCUUUAAGGAGCGGAUUGGCUACGGUCACCUGUAUGAAGUGUUGGUGUCACUGGGUCAGCCGUCCAGGCACCUGCUGAAGGAACUCAUGAACAUGGCUGUUGAGGGCGAGCAUUCUUCCGUGGGUCUCCUGGGCAUCAGUAACGUGGACCCUCUCCUGCUCCUGAUCCAGUGGCUUCCAGAGCUGGACUCUGCCGAGCUGCAGAUCUUCACCGCCGACUGGCUCCGGCGCAUCUGCGGUCUGAACCGGCGCACGCGAGCCACCUGCGUCAACUCCUUCAUGACUGCCAGAGCGCUGUCGGCUCUGGAGAGACACGAACGGCUGCACCGGGCCUGCGCCGAGAGUCUGGUGGGGCUGCUGGGAUCUUUAGGCAGCCAGUCGCUGAGUUCCUCUGAGCUCCAGCAUCUGCUGAGACUCCUGCGUCAGGACGAGCCGGGCCGCGCUCACCCGUAUGUGGGCCCCGUGCUGCGGGCGCUCCUGGGGAUGGUGCGCAAACAGGGCCUGGAGAGCGCCAUGCAGUACUUCGAUCUGUCGCCGCCCAUGGCUGGUAUCUCUGUGCCGACCAUCCUCCGUUGGCCAGGCUCCGCCUUCAGCUUUUUUGCCUGGCUGUCAUUGGACCAAGAUCAGCUGGGCCCUCCCAGUAAAGGAGAGAAAAGGAAGCAGCUGUAUAGUUUUUUCACCCCGGGCGGCACCGGGUUCGAGGCCUUCAUCAGUUCCGCCGGAGUGCUUGUGGUUGCCGUGUGCACAAAGAAAGAAUACGUGACCGUCAUGCUGCCUGACUACUGCUUCUGUGAUUCGCUCUGGCACAGUAUCGGUGUGGUUCACGUGCCGGGGAAGAGGCCGUUUGGCCAGAGCUUGGUCUACAUCUUUGUGGAUGGACAGCAGAAACUAUCAGCACCUUUAAAAUACCCAACCAUGACUGAGGCCUUCACGUCAUGUUGUAUCGGUUCAGCGGGUCACCGCACCACGACGCCUCCUCCCUCACAGAUCCCAGAUCCUCCGUUUUCUGGAGGCAACCCUUCUGGGCGCUCGUCCUUUGGCGCUAUCCUCCCGGGCUGGGGCGGCCUGCUGGGGACCAAACCUGAGUCCGUCACCAAACUGAUUUCGGCUGGGACUCAGGACAGCGAGUGGGGCAGUCCCACCUCACUGCAAGGGCAGCUGGGAAGUGUCAUGGUCUUCCACGAGCCCCUCCAAGCCAGUCAUGUCAAAGCCCUCUGUAGCGCUGGACCAAACUGUAUUUCCCCCUUUAAAAGUCAAGAGGCUGAAAUCGGAGACCUGGCACCCAAACUUCUGCUACACUAUUCUCCAAAGGCAUGUAGGAAUCCAAUUUGUCUGGAUUUGUCCCCUAAUAUGCUGCACGGUCGCCUGACGGGAAAUAAAGUGGUCAACUGGGAUAUCAAAGACAUGAUCAACUGUGUUGGAGGGCUUCCUGUGCUGCUUCCAGUCUUGGAACAGUUGACUUUGUUAACCCCUGAUUUGCAUCACGUGGACCCCUCGGGGUCAGAGUUCAUCACCCCUGACUCAGCCACACCCGCUGAUGGAGACUGGGUCAUACUGCCCUCAAACAGAGCGUCAGAGGCCAGACUGGAGAAGAAUCUCGUGGCGACGUUCUUGCUGGUGAUCAAGCAUUUCCUUCAGAGGCAUCCCAUAAACCAGGAAACCCUUCAGCACUCGCACGCUGUGGCCACGUUAGGAGCUCUGCUGCAGAAGCUGCCAGCGUUCCUGGUGGACGUGAGCGUGCUGGUGGCGGUCCAGCUGUUGACUGAGCAGAUGACGUAUGAGAAGAACUCACAGCUCCUACAGCAGCUCCACACACACCUGCUCUUCAACUUCAGCAUCUGGAACCAAGGAGAUUUCCCACUGCGUAUCGGUCACAUCCAGUACAUGUCCACCGUCAUCAAAGACAGCAGGAAGCAGUUCAGGAAGAAAUAUGGAGUGCAGUUCCUGCUGGACACAGUCCGCCUUUACUAUGGCUCUGGAAGUAAAGAUGCAGAUAUGAGCGAGGAUGACAUCAAGACGAUCAGAGCUUCUCUCUGUGGCCUUCUGAAGUAUUAUAUUAGCAAGGGAACCACGCAAGAGGAGAUCCAGAGCAUUCUGGGAUACAUCGCUGCUAUUGGAGACGAGGAACAGCUGUGUGGGAUCCUGGAGCUGCUGCUGACUCUGCUGCAGACCAGCGCGGCGCGGGACCAGCUCUUCCUGCUGCUGUUCGAACCUGGAGCGGCCGACUCCUGCUACGCCCUGCUGCUCAACAACAAACACUCGGACCGCCUCCGAGAGCUCGUCUUCAAGCUGUUCGAGAGGAUGUUGAAGUGUGACCGUGUGUAUGAGAAGAGCAAGCAGAGGUUACGCUUGAGGGACGUGGGAUACUCUGGCCUCAGUCUGCUGUUCUCAGACCUGCACCUCACGUUCACCCUCAUCAAGUGCCUCCUCAACCAAGUGCUGUCUACUGAUACUGGUAUAAACUAUAAAGAUCUGAUGGCUGUGGUUCUGCUGACACAGAAAGCGGGGCCCAGUGUUCGCCUGGCUGUAUGCAAGAGGCUGUAUACGCUGCUGCAGUCUCAGCAGGAUGCAGCGCAGCAGAUCUCUAGGCAGACGUGUUGGCAGGGCACCCUGAUGAGUUUGUUCGUCCGGAGCCCCGGGAGCGACGGAGGUUCUGGUUCGGGUCGUGGAGACGUGGCCAGCCUGGGGAGUUUGGAGCUGAGCCGCAGCAGCGGAGGAAACCGCCUGGAGCCUCCACUGGAGCGCAGGCCUCUGGGAGACAGCGUCGGGAGGCUUGAGGAGCGAGACAGCGCUUCAGACAGCAGGUCCAUAGACAGCCUGGACAACGGAGAUCUGAUGUCCCUCUCCGAAACACCAGGGGACACUCCCACACCCAAAUCCUGGGGCGGGAAAGCUGGGGUCUUGAGUCUGGACCUGUCCCAGCUGCAUCUGUUCGAUCCUGGGGACAGCGGAAGUCAGACUCCGGGCAGCAUGCCGAGCACACCUUCUCCUCUAGAGAACGCAAAACCCUUCCCUGGUGCUUCCUCUUUGAAUGAUGACAGCUUCCUGUUUAGUGACAAUGUGUCUUUGGGAGAGUCUUUUAACAGUGAGCGUACGGAGGAGGAGUUGGGGCGUCUGCUGUUGGAGAUGGUGUUGUGUGUCAUGUGGAGAGGGGUGGAGGGGUCAGAUGACACCGCCUGGCAGGAGAGGGGUCAGGUGUUCUCCGCCCUCACCAAACUGGGCACAGCCAAUGAGCUGCUGCUGCCCGUCGACCACAUCAAACUCAGUCUGAUGGAGAGGAUGUUGGAGUUGGCUGUAACGGAUAACCGAGAGGCGACGACGGCCACGCUGCCGCAGCACACGGAGAACGCGGUGCGUCUUCUGCACAUGGUGCAGGACUUCCUGCAGGCUGAGGGGCUGGUGAAUCCCGCUCUGUGGACUGAGAAGGUCCUGGAGGAGACGGUGACCCUGAUGGACGGGCUGAUGGUGUGGUACGCCUCCGGCACGCAGUGGCUCCAGCUGUCUCAGGUGGGACUACGGCUGCUGCUCGGGUUCAUGGCGCAGGAAGACCCACAGGUGUGCGCCAUGGCUACAGCCAAACUGAAUGGCAUCUUGCAGACGAAGACGGUGGACUCUCAGGACGAGGCCUGUUAUCUCCUGGGCCGCGUGGAGGGAAUCCUCAGGCGCUCUGUGAGCGAGGAGCGGACGGAAGAGACCUACUCGUUUUUAGUGCCUCUCCUCCGUACCCUGCUGUCCAAAGUCCACAAACUCCUAUACAUGGAGCUGCACCUCCCUUCCCUCCCCGACACCAACGGAAGUCCGUCUUUCUUUGAGGACUUCCAGCUGUACUGCAGCUCUCCGGAGUGGAGGGUCUACCUGGAUAAAUAUAUUAUUCCAUACAUGAAGCAAUAUGAGAUCGAGACCUUCAGUCAGGGUCAUGAGAACAUGGCUCUCUACUGGAAGGACUGUUACGAGGCGUUCAUGCUCAAUCUGCACCGCAGGGACCGAGAGAGAGGAGAGAGCAAGAUACGCUUUCAGGAGCAGUUCGUGGAACCCUUCAGUCGUCGAGGGCGUCAGGAGAACCUGAGGUACAACAGCAUGCUGAAACAGAUCCACACGCAGAACAGCGCCAUCCUCAGGCAGUGGAGGGCAGCACGCAGAGGACUCUUCUGUGAGAGAGGACCCUGGGUGGAAAAGCAGCAGAAGGACGUACACUGGAAGCUCUCUAGCGCUGAGAACUACUCCCGUAUGCGACUCAAACUGGUGCGGAAUUACAACUUUGACCCUCACAGAGAAGCCAGUGCCUUGAGAGACAACCUAGGUGUGCAGCACCAGCAGGUAAACGCUGAGUCGCUGUUGUUGGAGGCGGUGAAGCAGGUGAAGGUCAGCGAUCUGGAGGAUGACGUCCUGGAGCUCCUGGAGGAGGAUCCUGCAUCAGCCAAUCAGGCUGAUUCUGAAGAGGCGGGUCAGAAGGAGAAGCUGGUGAUCUCAGAGGACUGUGAGCUGGUCACGGUGGUUGAUGUUUAUCCAGGGCGUCUGGAGCUCACCACACAACACAUCUAUUUUUACGACAGCAGCGCAGAGAAAGAGGAAGGCGUAGGUCAGGACUUUAAAUGGCCUCUGUCUCAGAUCCGAGAGAUUCACCUGCGCAGGUACAACCUCCGGCGCUCGGCUCUGGAGAUCUUUCUCAUAGACCAGACCAACUACUUCCUGAACUUCAAGAAGGAGGUGCGUAAUAAGGUAUACAGCCGGAUGCUGCUGCUGCGUUCUCUCUCUCUUCAUGCCACUCACUCGCCGCAGGAGCUGCUCAAAGCCUCUGGACUCACACAGAAAUGGGUGAACAGAGAGAUCUCAAACUUUGACUACCUGAUGCAGUUAAACACUAUAGCAGGACGGACGUACAACGAUCUUGCUCAGUAUCCUGUGUUCCCCUGGAUCCUGUCGGAUUAUACAUCAGAGGAGCUGGAUCUGUCCGAUCCGCGAGUGUUCAGAGAUCUUUCCAAACCUGUGGCCGUGCUGAACGAGAGGAACGCUAAAGCUGUCCGAGAGAAAUACGAGAGUUUUGAAGACCCCACGGGCACCAUAGACCGCUUCCACUACGGCACGCACUACUCGAACGCCGCCGGAGUCAUGCAUUACCUCAUUAGAGUCGAACCCUUCACUUCCCUGCACAUCCAGCUGCAGAGCGGCAGGUUUGACUGUGCCGACCGUCAGUUUCACUCCAUUCCUGCUACCUGGCAAACCCUCAUGGACAAUCCCAACGACGUCAAAGAGCUCAUCCCAGAAUUCUUUUACUUCCCAGAGUUCUUGGAGAACCAGAACGGAUUUGACCUGGGUCGCUUGCAGAUCUCUAAAGAGAGGGUAAAUGAUGUCAUCCUGCCUAAAUGGGCCAAAUCCCCCGAGGAUUUCAUCUACAAGCACCGCAAAGCCCUGGAAUCGGACUAUGUGUCGGCCCACCUGCAUGAAUGGAUCGAUCUGAUCUUCGGCUAUAAACAAAGGGGCCCGGCUGCAGUGGAGGCCCUUAAUGUCUUCUACUACUGCACAUAUGAAGGGGCUGUUGAUCUGGACGCCAUCACUGAUGAGAAAGAGAGGAAGGCUCUAGAAGGCAUGAUCAGUAACUUUGGACAGACACCAUGCCAGUUACUGAAGGAGCCCCAUCCCAUGCGUCUCUCUCUGGAGGAGCUGGAGAAGAGGAGAACUCGUCUGGACUCCUGUCCUCUCAACAUAUUCGAGCACCUCACUGAGCUCAAAUCCUUCUUCAUUGAGGGCAUCAGUGAUAAUGUGCCGCUGGUUAAAGCUGUUGUCCCUAAGAACCAAUCGCAUUCGUUUAUCUCACAGGGGAGUCCAGAUACUCUGGUAACUCUGAGCCAGAACUUCUUGAUGGGAACUCACGGCUGGCUGCCCUACGACAAGAACAUAUCCAACUAUUUUACCUUCAUCAAAGACCCCACUGUAGCCGGUGUAAAGACUCAGAGGUUUCUAGCAGGGCCAUUCUCUCCAGGGGUCGAAGUCACGGCUCACCUGUUUGUUGUGUCUCAUGACGGGAAGUUGCUCUUCACUGGAGGCCACUGGGACAACAGCCUGAGAGUGACGUCACUCGUAAAGGGCAAAACAGUGGGGCAGCACAUCCGCCACAUGGACAUUGUAACGUGCCUGGCCACAGAUCACUUUGGGAUUCACCUGAUCUCCGGCUCUAGAGACACCACCUGUAUGGUAUGGCAGGUGCUACAGCAGGGCGGUGCUCCGGUGGGUCUGUCCCACAAGCCAGUGCAGGUGCUGUACGGACACACAGAUGAAGUUAUGAGCGUGUCUAUCAGUACAGAGCUGGACAUGGCUGUCUCUGGAUCACGGGAUGGGACGGUGAUCAUUCACACCGUUCGGAGGGGUCAGUACAUGUGCUCUCUGCGGCCGCCCUGUGAGAGCUCUCUGCCCAUGUCCAUCAUGCACCUGGCUGUGUCCUGGGAGGGACAUCUAGUGGUGCACACCUGUAUAGAGGGCAAAACCACACUGAAGGAUAAGAACGCCCUGCACCUGUACUCUGUGAACGGAAAGCACCUGUGCAGCGCUCCUCUGAAGGAGCAGGUGACAGACAUGUGUGUUUCAGGAGAACAUGUGGUCAUCGGCAGCGAACAGGGGUUCCUGUCUGUCAGGGAUCUGUACAGCCUGUCUCUGUGCGUGUCGCCGAUGGCUAUGAGGGUGCCCAUCCGGUGCGUGUCCGUGACCAAGGAGCAGUCUCACGUUCUGGUGGGACUCGACGACGGCAAGCUGAUCGUGGUGGGCGUCGGGAAACCGGCCGAGAUGCGUUCUGGCCAGAUUACCAGGAAACUCUGGGGCUCCAGUAAGCGUCUCACUCAGAUCUCAUCUGGAGAAACAGAGUAUCACACCCAAGAGCAGCCCUGACCCGCCCCCAAAUCCCAGCCCUGUCAAUCACCCAAAUCCAUUGUUUCAGAUGGGAGGAUGGCUCUCUCCUCUUGCUGAAACAAUACGAAGGACUUUUUUUUUUUUUUUUUUUUUCACCUGUAUGCAAAUUCGCGUAUGUGUCGAGCCACAACGGAUGCAUGUCCCCUCGUGUAGUUGGACCGGUGCAGGCACCAUCUUAACUACAUGUGUCUAAAUUCUGUGAAAACCCUCAUGUUGACCCUUCCCCGACUCCGCCCUCUCCUGUCGUUUUCCACCACAUGUGCCACGCCCAUUUACUUAAUCCUCAUUAACACACAGUUAUCAUCAUCAUCAGCAUCGUUACAUCAUGUCUGCGUUCACUCACGCAUCAGGUUUUAUGUGUCCGGUUAUUUGUUUCUUUAGUGGCCUUGUCAUACUUCACAGGUUGUUUUAUUAGUGGACACAGGCAUUAUUUAUUUGCACAGUCUUGCUCUUGCACAGACCUCGAAAAGUGGACGAUCAUUCACACCGGUGUAAUUCAAAACGCCCGUGACGUAUCCCGCUCCAUCAGACCAACACAUUUUAUAGCAAAACUGACAUCUGUGGGAUUAAAAAGCAGAUUUUUUUUAUUAUUGUGCGUAACUGUCGAAUGUUGUCGUUCAUUACUUGAAUUGUGAUGUAGUUAUUUCAGUGAAGAAUGCGAGAUUUAAUUUUGCCGCGGAUGUACGUGCAGAUGGUUUUAUAACCGUGCAGUUUGAUUUGUUGCAUCUGAAGGUUUUGUUGGAUGAAACACUACAGAUACAAAGGGGGAGGAGUUUCGAAGGGCUUUGUGAGACGCGACAGUAAGCAAUACGGUUCGUCCCUCUGAAGCAUUCCACUGGCUAAUCCAUGCAUCCGCAGUCUUCCUAGUAUCCAAACCGAGCACUAUAAAGAGAAGGAGGUGCUUGUGUACCGUGGAACAGCUAGAACCAAUGCAGCAGAAUUCGAUAGUCAGGUGACACGCUGUUUCCCCUCCUCUUUUAUCUUUCUAAGCCAUGCAGUCUUCGUUUACUAUGCAGGUAAACUUCCAGGCCUUCUAGAGAAUUCACAGUUACACUGAUUGAACUGAAUUCUGCUCAUCAUAUGCAGUUUUUAUUUCUUCACCGUAGGCUGGAGAUGUAUGCGUGAGAAUAUAUACCACAGUAGUCAUAGUUUCCACCAAAAUACGUUUCAUUAUAGUGCGCGAAUAAAGCUUUUUGCAUUUGUUAGUACUAAGCUGCUAGACUCGCAUAGUGAUGAUAACUAAAUAUUUCGACGGAAACUAUAAUUACCGUUGCAUUUAGUCUCACGUUCUUAGACUAAUGUCUUUUAACUGGCAACAUUUAUUCCUUUACUAAAGGAUGGUUGUUUUGAAACUUAUAAGAGAUAUGAAGAUGUUAAUUAAGAUACUAAUACCAAAAUGCAGAUGUCUUUAUCAGGAUGUUCAUAUGGUUUCGUGUCUUGUAUGUUCUUCCGUAUAUGCGCUUUAGUUUGCGAUGGUGCUGAAGUUUAGAGAUGAAGUCUGAAUCGGGAGUUAGGUUGCCGGUUGCUUUGGAAAUAAGUUAUACCAAGAGAUAUAAAUUAAUGCUUUUAUUUCUUCGCAUUUAUUGUAUUUUAAAUCCUGUGUUUUUUUUUUUUGUAAACGAGAGAUCCUGAGGUGGCUGUUUUUAUUCACGUUUCUGUUUGUAUGUAUAUGUGUUUUUCUUCCUUUAAUUCAAUGAAUGGAGUGCCUUUUUUUAUUCUGUCGUCAUGCAAAUUAGACUCCGUGAUCUGAACUCUACAGCAUGACCUUUCGUGACACCUGUGGACAGCCACGGUUUCUGCGGGAACCAGAAAAACUUCAGCAGUGACUCCUCCGUCAUAUCAGACCUGUGACUUACUGAGCUGCUUUUGAUUUCGUCGUCACUAAUGGAUGUGUGUGUGUAUAUCUGUGCUUAUUUAUGAAUCCAGUAUGAAAUGUACAGCAUGAAUUUUAUUUCUGUUUAUGAAUUGUAUUUUUUGCACUUUCCAGGUACGACAAAUUGUAAGAGAUUGUUUUAAAUGUCUCCUUGAUCUGUACAGAGAAACUGCUUUGUUAUACGUGAAAAUUUAUCAUUAAAGCCAUGUUGAAAAGUCA